AUGUCGGAGAAGGUUGAAGGGCACAAACGCUCCAAGAGUGCUUUGGCAUUGGCGAUUUUGCAUCGUGACAAGUCAAAGGACAGUCACGAAGAGGUCGGCAGUCGUGAGAACGGCUCUCCCGACUCUGCCCCGUCGUCUCCAGUGAAAGUGAACAACAAUAGCAGCCCGUCCGUCUCCGCCAUCUCGACACACCGCAGCCCCAGCUUACGAAGAUCGCGCCAAGAGACAAGCCCGCCCGCCAUGUCUGCAGAUUCAUCAUCAGACCCUGCUGCUCUAGGUCGUGAAGGCGACGUCAUCGAAAAGCUUCCCUCCCUGACCCCGGUGGAUGUGACUCUCAACCAGUCUGUCAGGACGUUUCGACUUUUUGAGAUACUGCGCAGCGGUGAUACGACCGCUAUCUCUAAAGCUAUUAAAGAGAGCAGGGAUCCGGAUGGUGUAAACGGCCUGUCGGGGACAACGAUCCUCCAUCUAGCGGUCCAAUGCGCGGAACCGCAAGUGGUGGAGUAUGUAUUGUCAGCUGGCAACGAUAUUGACAUUAAUGCGCGCGACCGAGAGGGCAAUACACCCCUUCACCUUGCUGCCCAGCUUGGCCGUGGGCCUGUUGUUCGCGAACUACUGAAUCGACCUGAGAUUAAUGACUCAAUCGUCAAUUACCGUGGACAAACGGCGCUGGAAGCUUCGCGUGCACCUGAAAUUUUCCAGCAGCUGCAGCUUGCUCGAUCGCUUUUCAUAGACAGCAAGACGCAAGAGAUUCAGUCGUUGAUCGCCAAAGGCGAAUAUGAUAAACUGGAGAAGUUAUUGGAGGAACCCCGUGUCGAGGGUAUCCUGGAUGUCAAUGCUCUAGACCUUGUCACGGACCCCACUACCCUCCACUCAGGCGGCACCCUCCUCCAUGAGGGCGCUAGGAAGAAAGACACAAGACUUAUACAAAUCCUCUUAAUGCACGGAGCUGACCCUUUCCGUCGCGACAAGAAGGGAAAGCUGCCACAGGAUGUGACGAAGGAUGAUAGGACUCGAGCCAUAGUCAAGAAAUCCCCUGCUGCCGUCAUAGCACAGCGGGGUAUACAGGAGAAGGCUAUUCUCGGGACCAGUUCUGGCCAAGGCGUGUCUGGACGACCUGGAGCCGGUGAGGCCUCCUUUGCGGGCAAAGACUCCAGGGAGAUGAAAGGCUACCUGAAGAAAUGGACGAACUAUACUAGUGGCUAUAAACUGCGUUGGUUUGUCCUCGAGGACGGUGUAUUGAGUUAUUAUAAACAUCAAGAUGACACCGGCUCCGCUUGCCGUGGUGCGAUCAACAUGAAAAUCGCAAGACUUAACAUGGACUCGCAAGACAAAACUCGGUUUGAGAUAUACGGCAAAUCAUCAGUCAAAUAUCAUCUUAAAGCGAAUCAUGUUGUGGAGGCGAAGCGCUGGUUCUGGACGCUUAAUAACGCCAUUCAAUAUGCGAAAGAUGAGGCCAAGGAAGAGGAAAAGCGCCAGACAAAACAUGCGGAAGCACUUCGCCAGGCGAAACUUGACCAGGCUGAGGGUAGGCCAAGCGAAAACCCAUCCGAAUCUCCUAGUUUCAGAUCUAGAGGGCCCUUAUCUCUCGGUGUCCCGAGUACCAGUAACACGAAACUGAGUACUUACACAUCACGCACCACUCUCGACGGUGUGCCGGCUGACGAUGACGGCUCAAUGUACGGCUCUCUAGAACAGGGACCCUCCCAGAGUGACAUUAAUAGGGUUGCCAGCCAUGUUACCACCGCUCCUGAUCUCGAGGGGGACGAUGAUGAUUAUGGCGAUUAUGCUUCGAGCCGCGAAACACCACCAACCGACAAAGAUGCUAUGAAUAUCACGGCACAGUCUGUAAAGCUUCAACUCGAUAUACUUGCUAGUGUUGCAUCAUCUUUACAGAAGACAGACCAAUCCACGGCACUUUCGGACCAAGCUGUUGCUCAAGCGCUAACUGCAUACGAGGAAGCUGUGAGCAGCCUUAAAGAUCUAGUGCAGAAUCUUCUGAAGAUUUCUCGGGACCGCGACUCAUAUUGGCAAUAUCGACUGAAUCGGGAAGCACAUUUACGCAAGAUGUGGGAAGAGAGCAUGGCACGCAUCGCUCAAGAGCAUGAAGAGUUGCAGUCUAAAAUGGGCGAGUCGGAGGAGAAGAGGCGUCGUACAAAACGAGCUCUUAAAGAAGCACUAGAGAAUACACCAAACAGUAUAAGUCGAACGGCGGUCAAGGCUGCUUCAGUCGAAGCGGGACUCGACGGCGAAGAAGACUUGUCGCCACAACCUCCACAGAUCGUCGAGGUUGCCUCACAUAUCGAGGAACAGAAAUCUCGACAACCACAGCUACACCGCAAGAACUCUGCCUUGUCAAACAUCAGCAGCCUUUAUGACUCCGAAUCCGAUAACGACGAUGAAGACGAAUUUUUUGAUGCGAUCGAUGCUGGAGAGAUCGAGGUCGUGGAUCGCACUGCUCCUGAGGUUCAUGAAGACGAAGAGACGAUUCCCGACGAAGACAAACUUCGUGCCGUGAGAAGGUCCGAAAUUGCGCCAUCGUUCAAGGGAUAUGAAGAACCCAUCAGGGAGAGGCUCAAAAUGGAUUACGACAAUCGGCCUAAGAUUUCGCUCUGGGGCAUUUUGAAAUCUAUGAUUGGAAAAGAUAUGACAAAAAUGACUCUCCCUGUCUCUUUCAACGAGCCGACAUCACUUCUCCAGCGCGUGGCCGAAGAUCUGGAGUAUACGGAUCUUCUCGACGUUGCUGCCGAUCGGACUGACUCGAUGGAGCGAUUGGUGUAUGUCGCCGCGUAUGCAGCAAGUGAAUACGCUUCUACAAUCGGACGUGUCGCCAAACCAUUCAACCCCCUAUUAGGUGAAACUUUUGAAUAUGUUAGGCCAGAUAAGGGCUAUCGGUUCUUCGUUGAGCAAGUUAGCCACCAUCCACCGAUUGGGGUAGCCUUGGCUGAAUCGCCAAAGUGGGACUACUGGGGGGAAUCAUCUCUCAAGUCCAAAUUCUACGGCAAGUCUUUCGACAUCAAUCUCCUGGGAACGUGGUUUUUGAAGCUUCGUCCUGUAUCAGGAGGCGAAGAGCUCUACACUUGGAAGAAGGUUACGUCCUCAGUUAUUGGCAUCAUCACUGGCAAUCCUACUGUUGAUAAUUAUGGUCUGAUGGAGAUUAAAAACUGGACCACUGGUGAGAUAUGCUAUUUGGAUUUCAAGCCUAGAGGCUGGAAAGCGUCCUCAGCAUAUCAGGUGACAGGAAAGGUUGUUGAUAAGGAGGGCUCGCCUAGGUGGAGUAUUGGUGGCCGAUGGAAUGAUAAGAUCUAUGCCCGUCAUACCCCUGGGUUCGAAGCGACAGUUUCUGGACCUGAGCAGAAGGCACAAUUGGUUUGGCAGGCUCAUCCCCGUCCGACUGGAAUUCCGUUCAAUCUGACGCCAUUCGUCAUAACCUUAAAUGCGCUUACUGACAGCCUCCGACCGCAACUGCCACCCACUGAUACCCGCCUUCGUCCCGAUCAACGCGCAAUGGAGGAAGGCGAAUACGACUUUGCCGCUACCGAAAAACAUAGGGUCGAAGAAAAGCAGCGUGCUAAGCGAAGGGAAAGGGAAGCUAAUGGUGAGGAGUAUAAGCCCAAAUGGUUCAGCAAGGCCAAGUGUCCAAUCACGGGUGAAGAAUACUGGGCUCACACCGGUGAUUACUGGGGUUGUAGGGCUAGGCAAGAUUGGAGCAAGUGCGAAGAUAUCUUCUGA